AAUGAUCCUAACAAGGUGGGAGGACUCAGAAGCUUCAGUCUGUCUGAGAUCAUGCUGCAGCUGCUCCUCUCUGCUCUUCUCUUUGUUCCACACCUUCAAAAUGUCAACGCUGGUCCCAUUCAAGAGACCACAAAAGCGUCGCAGGAAGACGGGUUCAUCAAAGCGUUGGAGUAUAUGAAGAAAAACCCCGAGACUUUAGACGAGCUGAUGAGCAGAGACUACGCGCUGACCGAGGGAGACCUCCUGCUGUCAAACGACAGGAACGCCGUGCAGUCCGUGUGGCCGACGCACGACAUCGCAUACGUCAUCAAUGAGGAGCUAGCCCACAGGACGAAGGACAUCCUGUCUGGGAUGGCGAUGUUGUCCGAACACACGUGUUUGUCGUUUCACGAGCGAACGUCUGAGACGAACUACCUGCUGUUCAAAGACAGCAAAGGCUGUGCGUCGUACGUGGGCUUCAGGGGAGGAGAGCAACCUGUGUUUGUGGGGCCGCCGUGCAUUGUGGGUAACAUCGCCCAUGAGAUUCUCCACGCUCUGGGCUUCCACCACGAGCACACGAGGAUGGACCGAGAGGAACACAUCACCGUCAUGUCGCACAACAUCAUGUCAGGGAUGGAGAGGAACUUCCAGAAGAAAUCUGGAGAGACGUUUGGACUUCCCUAUGACAUCACCUCCAUCAUGCACUACGGCAGUGCCUUUUUCUCGGCCAACCGUCUGCCCACCAUCGUGUCAAAAGGUGAGGAGACGAAGAUGAGGAUGGGACAGAGAGACAGACUGACGGAGAGAGACAUCGAGAGAGUCGCACGGCUGUACGGCUGCGACGUCACAAAAAGCAAAUGAAGAUGAGCGGUGACGAAGGUAAAGAGGAGGACUCGAACAUCAACACAUGCCCCUUGUUCAUCUGCAGCAGCCCACCACCGCCACAGGAGGGCGCCACAGCACCAGCUGAGAGACUGAACUGAACCUUUUACUAAUAAAAACAACAGACCUGCA